GAGAUCACAAGACCAACCAUAGACAUAAUUUUAUCAUUACUUGUCUUCUGUCAUCAGGUGAUCGAGAAUUAGGAGUAGAAUUUCUGCAUAGGGAUAUUUCCAAUAUUUACGUAAAACAAUAUGUCUGGGAAGGAUAAAUUGGCGAUUUUCCCUUCUCGGGGAGCCCAAAUGUUAAUAAAAGGCCGCUUGGCUGGAGCCCAGAAAGGGCAUGGUCUCUUGAAAAAGAAGGCUGAUGCCUUACAAGUUAGAUUCCGUAUGAUCUUAAGCAAAAUCAUUGAGACAAAAACUCUGAUGGGUGAAGUGAUGAAAGAGGCUGCAUUUUCCCUAGCAGAAGCUAAGUUUACAACCGGUGACUUUAACCAAGUGGUGCUCCAAAACGUUACUAAAGCACAAAUUAAAAUUCGCUCCAAGAAAGACAAUGUCGCUGGUGUAACUCUGCCGAUAUUUGAGUCCUACCAGGAUGGUUCCGACACAUAUGAGUUGGCUGGCCUUGCUCGUGGUGGACAACAGCUCUCCAAGCUGAAGAAGAACUUCCAGAGCGCUGUCAAGUUACUGGUGGAGCUGGCUUCCCUACAGACCUCAUUCGUCACCCUGGACGAGGUCAUCAAGAUAACCAACCGUCGUGUCAAUGCUAUUGAGCAUGUGAUUAUUCCCCGUCUGGAGCGCACCUUGGCCUACAUCAUCUCGGAGCUGGACGAGCUGGAGCGUGAGGAGUUCUACCGCCUCAAGAAGAUCCAGGACAAGAAGAAGAUCAUCAAGGACAAAGCUGAAGCGAGAAAAGCUCAAAUGUUGGCAGCCAACCGUGACCAGGACAUGAGAGACAGUGUUGCCAACCUGUUGGACGAAGGGGAUGAAGAUUUGCUCUUCUAAAAACAUUGAAUGUUAGUAGCAGUCGAAUUGAAGCCACACUUGAACCGAUAGAUGUUUUAUUAUUCGGAUUAUUUACAUAAUACUAUGAAGGCUCAAGGAGUAUUUGAUUGUAAGAGAACGAUUUGACUGCUUCAAAUUGAUAUUACGGUGUACAUACAAAGUAUAUUGUUGUCAUUGUUAUUUGCUUGAAAUUAUAUCCUAUCGCCCCGUGUUAUGGUUCAGUAUUUAAUGUUAGCGUCUUAACAUCUUGUAUGUAAGCAUUCCAAGUUUAAUAAAAUAAUAUUUAUAUACAGAAAUAUAUAUUAUAUUAAGAAAUGUGUAGAGUUUAGUUGAAUACGGCCCCGAAGUCAUAGCUUCACUGUAGUCAGUAUAAGUACACCCCACUGCGGUAUUGUUUUUUGAAUUGUUGUUUGAUAGAUCAGUUUAUUUUAAGUAAUCAUGUAAAUACAAGUUGCUGAAACAAAUAUCAAAUUAUUAUGAAUUA